CCCUGACUUUGAGAAGCUCUGACGCGACAUGCACACCGAUCUCAUUAGUGGAGGUGAGAUAAAUUAUGUCAGACUAAUUUGCAAUUGACUGUCGUAGCCCCACAUUAAAAGUAUGUGAUAGUGAGUUGACAAUUGGAAAUACUGUUCGAAUAUUUUUCAAUUGACUGCUAUCGCCCCAAAUAAAAAAGUAAACAUUGGCUGUUAAUUACAUCUUUUUUUUCACAUGGUUGGGGUCCCAAGAAUUUUCAGAUAUCAAAAUGGGGUCGUAAGCCAAAAAGCUGGACAACCAGAGCUGAACCUAGAACAGUAGCCAAGGGCAUUGUAAUGCAGGCUCACGUUCCAGCCAGUCACUGCCACAACAAUGGCAGGUUGUGUACGAGGGUUAGCAGUCGUGUUGGUACAGUCUAUUAGCUCUCUGUCCACCCUGCGACAGCAGUACAGUCAUUCAGCCCACCCCCUCCGUGACCACUGUAGUUGGUUGCCUCCUCUUCUCCCACGUGUAACACUUUAGGCCUUCUAUAGAGCUACCCUUUACUUGACGCAGUAAGCUGGGGUUUUGUGUGGGUGUGUACCGUAUGCUGUCUAUAGGGCACGUGUUACGUUGUUGUUGGGAGUAAUGACGCGUUAAGUUCCUCCAUUAGUGCUGGGCCCACGUUGAAAUGUCCAGUGAUCGAUGGUUCCAGCACUCGACACGUCACAGUGAUGGAGACUACGGCUGUGAGUACCUCCACUCUGACCAAUGAUGAGUUUGACAGGAAUGCACCGCGGAUCUGCGGUGUGUGCGGGGACAAAGCCACCGGAUUCCACUUCAACGCCAUGACCUGCGAGGGCUGCAAGGGUUUCUUCAGACGCAGUAUGAAGCGUAAGGCUAGCUUCACAUGCCCCUUCAAUGGCAGUUGCACUAUCACCAAGGACAACCGCCGCCACUGCCAGGCCUGCCGGCUCAAACGCUGCGUGGACAUCGGCAUGAUGAAGGAGUUCAUUCUGACAGAUGAGGAGGUGCAGAGGAAGAAGGAUCUGAUCCAGCGGAGGAAGGAUGAGGAGGCGCAGAGGGAGGCGCAGCGGGAGGCUCAGCGACCCCGGCUGAGCGAGGAGCAGAGCCAGGUCAUCGCCACGCUGGUGGAGGCACACCACAAGACCUACGACGACUCCUACUCCGACUUCAACCGCUUCAGGCCUCCGGUCCGUGAAGGCCCAGUGACACGCAGUGCAAGCAGAGCUGCUUCUCUCCACUCUCUGUCUGAUGCCUCAUCUGACUCCUUCAGCCACUCUCCAGAGUCUGUGGACACUAAGCUGAUGAACUUCAGUAACCUGCUGAUGAUGUACCAGGACCAGGGUGGCAGCCCGGACUCUAACGACGACGACAGCUCCAAGCUGUCCAUGUUGCCCCACCUGGCCGACCUGGUCAGCUACAGCAUCCAGAAGGUCAUUGGUUUCGCUAAGAUGAUCCCCGGCUUCAGGGAGCUGACGGCUGAGGACCAGAUCGCCCUGCUCAAGUCAAGCGCCAUUGAGGUGAUCAUGCUGCGCUCAAACCAGUCCUUCAACCUGGAGGAUAUGUCCUGGAGCUGUGGUGGGCCCGACUUCAAGUACUGCGUCAACGACGUCACUAAAGCGGGCCACACUCUGGAGCUGCUGGAGCCCCUGGUCAAAUUCCAGGUGGGCCUUAAGAAACUCAACCUCCAUGAGGAGGAACAUGUGCUACUCAUGGCCAUCUGCCUCCUCUCCCCAGACCGUCCUGGCGUGCAGGACCACGGGCGCAUCGAGGCACUGCAGGACCGUCUGUCGGAGACGCUGCAGGCCUACAUCCGGCUGCACCACCCGGGCAGCUGCCUGGUGUACGCUAGGAUGAUCCAGAAGCUGGCGGACCUGCGCAGCCUGAACGAGGAGCACUCCAAGCAGUACCGCUCGCUGUCCUUCCAGCCAGAGCACAGCAUGCAACUCACCCCGCUGGUGCUAGAGGUGUUCGGCAGCGAGUUCACUCGCGUUUCGCCCAUCUGAUACAACUGGGUAGUUGUAUGUAAGGAAUACCUCCACCUGGUUUCCGCCAUAUUCAGCUUACAGUGAACAAGGACAGAAGGGAGGGAGCAACUUCCUGGAAUGAAACGCAGCCAGAGACUUAAUUGUGACCUCUGUAUAGAGGGGUCAUGAGUCGUAUGGUUUCGGUCGGAGAGUUGGUGCGUCUGCUCCUCUUGGUACAGUUGGCAUGGUCUUUGCCCUUACUAGAUGUUUCUCACUCUCUCCCCUUUCCCCUAUCCAUCUCUCUUUCCUUCUUUCCCUCUAUCAGCUACUAAGUUUUCUCCACUCUCAUAUCCCCCAACCCACCUUUUUAGAGUAAACUCUUCUCUAUAGAUCUUCAGAUUUUCAGGAAAGGGCAGAAGUUCUGACAGGACAAAGAUCAGUAUCCAUUUAAUGCUGCUUUUAUCAAGAGCAUCACAGAUCGAUCAGUGUGUUGUUAUUCUUACUAACAUUGGCACGGUUGGGUAUCGCCCAGCAGAAAUAUGCUAACCAGGACAUGAGGCCACAGUGUCUGUCAUGUUAUGUAGUUUUUUAAAGCCAAGUAGUUUAGGUUGGUAUAAAGCCAGGCAAGCUGGUUCUAGAAAAGCAUGCAUGGGGCAAGUUCCUAUUUGAACAAUGUAGACUUGAGGUUGUUGCCCAUUUAUUGACUUUGAUUAAACCACUUUAAUCUAUCAAUGAAGCGGCAAGUAUUGUGUAAUAUUAAUCACCAGCUACUCCAUCUUCCAACCUUUAGUCUAAUCCUUUGAGCAUACUCCCUCUGGUGAACUGUAUGUACAUGCACCAUGUGGUCCACAUUGCUCAGUAAGUACCAAUUAAAGAUGUUGAGUAACUGCUACUAAUAUCUUUGAAUACAGUUUUUGAAUACUUUUUGGCAAUGCUUCCUACCAUCUUUCCAACUAAAUGUCUCAAUUUUGACAGUUUGUAUUCAGAACUUUAAAAAAAGACGUGUCCAGCAAAAGCAGGCAGUUUGAUAAUCAGUCGUCGUGCUAGCUAUUGGAGGUACUGUAUGUAGACCUCGCUAGACAUCAAAUCGAUAUAAACUAACGCAAAUAAGAGCAUCUUAAAGUGGCCUGCAUGCACAAAUAAUUAAUUUUUCGCAAUGAAAAUGGGGGAAUUGGCUCCCAUGUACUCCUCACUCUACACUUUGGAGUACAAGGCAGGGAGUGAAAGGAGUUCAGAAUUAGUAGUGAUUAGCUAGCUAUGUGUUACCUAUGUAUUAGCUAUAGAUAUUGACAGCCAGCAGACACUGUGGUCCCUCAGGGCCUGAGUUGAGUGCCUAUAUGAACCUUUUAACGACUGGAGAGUGUUUCGCGAAGCAGGAUUAGAAAGUUAGCAAGCUAGCUUUUCCAAGUAUCUUUUCCAAGUAUCUUAAAACAAUUCAAAUUUUAAAGAUUGGUCAAUUGUACUUCCUUACCUAUUAUUCUAGCAACUAACUGGGAUUCUACUUUACCGAUCUUUAUGGGCAAGAAAAUCUAGUCGUUUUAAGAAUUGUUAUGCUAAAAUGUUAGAUUGUUAAAUUAAUAAUCCUGUUUUUAAGACACUGCACCACGUCACAUUCGAUGGAAAGCCAGAAACAACAGAAGCACUUUAGGUAUUAUUUGUAACACAAUGCAUACAUUUGGAUGAAUAUGCUCGCCAUAACUGCCUGUCCAUGUCAGCAUUAUAUGGCUGCAAUUAUCAAAGUAAUUCAUCAAAUUUCUUGCAAUGUAUGUUUUUAUUUCAUCUAUUACAACAGACAUAAAUUGGUGUUUAUGUAAUGUUAUUUUUGUCAGAUGUUUUGCAAAUCAAAUAAUAAACAACUGUGUAGUGGUU